AUGUCCGACCCGCUCACCAAAGUCACUGCAGCGCUCAGAUCUGAGCAGAUCAUACCGGACGUGAUCCCAGAGUCUGUCAAGUUCUCGCCAUCGGUCCUGUUCUCCAUCACCUGGCCGUUGAAUGGAACGGAGGUCGUCUUGGGCGACAAAGUCGAGCGGAACCUCACCUUGGAGGAACCUCAGAUCAAGAUUCUCCCGCUGCUUGCCCCGGAAGGAACCGGCGAGCCUGCCAACGGCAACAAGGGCGGUGAGACAUCGUACACGUUGGUCAUGACGGACCCCGACGCACCGUCUCGCGCCGACCCAAAAUAUGGGCAAUGGAGGCAUUGGAUUGUGACGGGAGUCAAAUUACCGGCUGCCAACGCCGCCGAAACCGACGGGGUAUACGCGGUCAAGACACACGCUGCAACGACGCCCUAUUUCCCUCCGGGUCCUCCUCCAGGCUCUGGGUUCCACCGCUACAUCUUCCUUCUGUUCGAGGAACCCGCGGAAGGAAUUUCUAUUCCAAGUGAUGCGGUAGAGCACAAAGCCGAGCCGCCUACCCGACGCAACUGGGACGCGCUCAAGUUCGCAGACACGUACAAGCUGAAACUAGCGGGCGCCAACUAUUUCUUGACUAAAGCCACGGAGUAA